GCCUGCGCGCUGGCGGCGGCGGAGCCCGGCGGGAAGCGGGGUCCGGAGCGGGCUUCCGGCCCCUGAAGAACGAACGAGUGGGGGGCUUCGUGGGGCACCGGGGACCCCCUCUCCCGGUCUGGGCGGCCUGAUGGCGUAGGAGGGGUCGGCUGUGAGCGUGCGACGAUUGCUUCAGAUCUGAUCACUAUGGUACGAGAAAGAAAAUGCAUAUUGUGCAACACUGUCUACAGCUCAAAAAAGGAGAUGGACGAACACAUGCGGAGCAUGUUGCAUCACAGGGAACUUGAGAACCUGAAGGGCAGGGACAGUAGUCAUGAGUGCCGAGUGUGCGGGGUCACAGAAGUGGGUCUUUCUGCAUAUGCAAACCACAUUUCUGGCCAGUUGCACAAAGAUAACGUUGAUGCCCAGGAAAGAGAAGAUGAUGGAAAGGGAGAAGAAGAGGAAGAAUAUUUUGACAAGGAACUCGUUCAGUUAAUAAAACAAAGGAAGGAACAAAGUCGACAAGAGGAAGCUUCUCACAGCAGUCAAGAAAUAAACUCAGAUGACAGGCGACCCCAAAGGAGACGAGAAGACCGAAUCCCUUACUCAGAGAGAGAGAGUUACAGUCAGCCAGCUUGGCAUCAUCGGGGGCCUCCUCAGCGGGACUGGAAAUGGGACAAAGAUGGCUUCAAUAACACAAGGAAAAACAGCUUUCCACAUUCUUUGAGAAAUAAUGGUGGACCAAGAGGCUGCUCUGGGUGGCAUAAGGGUGGUGCAGGAGGCCCCUCAAAUUGGUUUCAUAGCCAUAGUAAUUCUGGAGGUGGUUGGCAUUCGAAUAGUGGAACCUUAGAUUGGAAUCAUAAUGGCACAGGAAGAAAUUCCAGUUGGCAUUCUGAAGGAACAGGUGGCUUUUCCAGUUGGCAUAUGAACAACAGUAACGGAAACUGGAAAUCCAGUGUGCGUGGUACAAAUAGUUGGAAUUAUAGUGGCCCUGGAGACAAAUUUCAACCAGGCAGAAAUAGAAAUUCUAACUCUCACGUGGAAGACAUGACUAUGCAAUGGAACGGUAAACCCAAGUCAAAUAAAUAUAAUCAAGAGAGAUAUCAUUGGCAACGGCAAGAAAAUAGCAAAGUUGGUUCAGUCGCUGCAUAUCGAGGUCCCUCUACAGGGUUUGCCAGUGAUAAAUUUCCUUCAGAAGACUUAUUUGACUUCAGUUUCGAGCAGUGGGAAAGCCAAACCACUAAACCAACAGACAUGGCAGCUUCCAAAAGCGGUGGGAAGAAUGGCACUUUGGCGAGGGAGAAACAACAUCGCUGGGCUCCUUACCGAUCUCAGAAGACUCUGGAUCUACAGGUUGCAAUAAAAGAUGUCAUUGGGCAGUCAGAAGUGAAAGACAAGCCUCUUUUUGAUUUUAGCCUGAUAACCAUGGGAGUGCAAGAGCCUAAAAGUGAUGAGUCAGCCAAGAAAACAUCAUCGUUGAAAACACACACAAAACUGAAUACUGAGUCUCUGCCACACAGGUCCACUUCAGACCAUGCUGCUUCCACUGGGGUGGCACAAGACUGCCCCAUUACAGAAAAACCCGAACAAUCGCAACAUUUAAACAAGUUAAAAUCCCCAUCUCUUUCCAUCCCAGUUACUAAAUCAGUUCCUCCGAAGCAAAGUUCAAAGAAGCCUUCAAGACACACCAAAAAGCAUUCUUUUUCUCCUGAGAAACACAGGGAUUCCUCAAGCAAACACACUGUGGAAGAUAAUCAUGAUGCCACCUAUAUCUCCAAAAAGCGGGGUUCAUGUCCUCGUGUCUCAAGAGGGAAGGAAAGUACAUUUGGUAUCCAAACGGAACUCGAUGGAAAUUUAAGUGAUACCUUAGAAAAAGCCAAAGACGGGCCACCGUGUCCCGAAUCAAUGCAAAAUCCACUUCCUAGUAGUGCCUCUAAAAGGAAUUGUGCAAAAGCAAGUAGGAAUGUCCAAGAAUCUGAAAAGGGUUCUUUGAAAAUUGAGUUUCAGGUUCACACGUUAGAGGGUGGAAGUGAAGGAGAGAGAUCAGACCCAGAAAAGCUUGGGACAAAAAUGAAAACCCCAGAUUCUGCAAGUACAGAAGCUUUGUCCUACACCACUCUGGCCACUGAUGAGAAAGAGGGUAAUGAUGCAAGCCUCAAUAAAGCUCUCAAACAAUCCACUUCCCCGUGUAAUUCAGUAGUGCCUCAGAAAGACUCUGAGUUACAAAUGACAUCUGUAGCCAGCCCCCACUCUGACUUACUGUUGGACCUGAAAGCCCCCAUAGAAGAUGGCCAGGUUGAUGAGACUGUUAAGUCUCAUGUAUCUUAUGAAACAGAAGGUUUUGAUACUACUGGCUUGGAUGUAGAUCUUCAGAAAGGUGAGUUAGGCCAGCCCUCGGGCCCUCUCCUGCCUGAGCUAAGCAAGCUGGGCUUUCCUGCCUCACUCCAGAGAGACCUAACUCGGCACAUCAGUUUGAAGAGUAAAACUGGAGCACAUCUUGUAGAACCAAAUCUCAACAGUGCUCGCCGCAUCCGCAAUAUUAGUGGUCAUCGGAAGAGUGAGACAGAGAAGGAGUCUGGGCUCAAGCCAACCCUCCGGCAAAUUCUAAAUGCCUCGCGUCGAAAUGUCAAUUGGGAACAGGUCAUUCAGCAAGUGACCAAGAAAAAGCAAGAGCUAGGCAAAGGCCUGCCCAGGUUUGGCAUAGAAAUGGUUCCUUUGGUCCAGAAUGAGCAAGAGGGUUUAGAUUUGGAUGAAGAGCCCGAUCUGUCCAGUCUUGAAGGGUUCCAAUGGGAAAGUGUUUCCGUUUCUUCAUCUCCCGGGCUGACAAGGAAACGCAGCCUUUCCGAGAGCAGCGUGGUCGUGGACAGGGCGGCUCCUUCCGUGUAUGGCUACUUCAAUGAGGAAGGCACGGGCAAAGAAAAUGAGCCCCGGGACAUCAUUUCACCUACGAACUCAUUGAGGUCUACACAGAGCCAGAAAGUGACUCUGGCACUUAAGCAGGAAGUGACACCUUUGGAGGCCUCCCUGAUCAUGGGUGAAGGAGCUGAAAGUAUGGGUGUCAGGAGGCAGCAUAGUACCCCUUUCUCUUCUGACCACACGGUCCCUGGGAUGCAGUUGGCCAAAGACCGGAGCAGCCGGAAGAGUUCAACCCCUUCUGAGAAUCCUAACACCCAGGAGAGCAAUGGCGAAGGAAGCUCCUUCUCAUCCCAUGUAUCUUCAGCCCUUACAAUCUCAAGUUUGGCAGAUGCUGCCACAGAUAGUAGCUGUACUUCCGGUGCUGAACAAAAUGACGGGCAGAGUAUUAGAAAGAAAAGAAGAGCUACUGGGGAUGGAUCAUCUCCUGAACUUCCAAGUCUAGAGAGGAAAAAUAAAAGAAGAAAAAUUAAAGGAAAGAAAGGUACAGAACGUUCUCAGGUUGACCAGCUGCUGAAUAUCUCUUUAAGGGAGGAAGAACUAAGCAAAUCACUGCAGUGCAUGGAUAACAAUCUCUUGCAAGCACGGGCAGCACUUCAGACAGCUUAUGUUGAAGUUCAGAGGCUACUUAUGCUUAAACAACAGAUAACUAUGGAAAUGAGUGCCCUGAGAACCCAUAGAAUACAAAUUCUACAGGGAUUACAAGAAACAUAUGAACCUUCCGAGGGCCCAGACCAGGCUCUUUGUAGUCUUCUGAGAGAACAAAGGAACACUAGACCUCAAACAUCUGCCGAUCCUGCAUUGCUGCCUACUCCCCUUUUUCCUGUUUUUCUGGAGUCUCCAUCAUCCACUGGAGUCCCUCUCCAAGUAACUACGUCUUCUACUUUCCAAGGCCAUGGUAGUCUUCCUGCUCCAGACUCCUCAGUUCAGAUUAAACAAGAACCCAUGUCUCCUGAACACGGCGAGAGUGUGAACAAUAUGUCACAAGGCUCUGCUUGCAUUGUGUCCAAGGAAUUACUGCAGGCUCAUAGAGAGACCAUUGAGAGUGGUUCGGAUUUUCCAAUCACUGCAAUGUUGCCCUUAUCAGAUCUAAGGGAAGGUGUCCAUGAUUCUAGCCAAGAACGAAAACUUACCACCGAGCAGAGGCUUUCCAGAAAAGGAGAAAACGUGCCAUCUUCCCAGUCAAAUGAUGUGCCCAGCAUAAGUAAAGGAAGUGAAGAGUCAAUCAAACACAACAGCAGGUCUGAAGCUUGUAGCAGUUCUUUUCCAAGACUGUCCUCGGCUUCAGGAACCCCUCCAAAGAAGGAGACCCAUUCUCCAGGCGACCAGCUUGAACAGCAGGCAGAGUCCACUCUGACAUCAACUGAAACUCGGGGGAAUAAGAAAAAGAAGAAACUUAGGAAGAAGAAAAGUCUGCGAGCCACCCAUGUUCCUGAGAACAGUGACACUGAGCAGGACAUAAUUACUUCUAAGCCUGUCAGGAAAGUAAAAACCGGAAAGUCGAGCAAAGGGGGGAAAGUAAGCACCUCUACCUGGGAAGAUAGCAGAACUGGCCCAGAACCUGAGAGUGUCCGGAAUGAGCCGGAUAGUGAUACUUCCCUGGAAGUCCUGGAAGUUCCCAAGCCUCCCUCUGUAGUAGUGGACGUUGAUUCUUGUGACUCUGGAGAUGAGAAACCAGAUAGUCCAUCUAAAAAGGAUAGUUGGCACUCCACAGAGCAGAAUGCAUUAGAGAUUUCUCGCUCUGGGUGCGAUGAAGUUAGUUCUACCAGCGAGAUUGUAACGCACAAUAAAGAUGGCAUCCCUGUAAGUGUGGCAGAAACUCAGACUGUAAUCUCCUCCAUAAAAGGAUCAAAGAACUCUUCAGAAAUUUCUUCUGAACCAGGAGAAGAUGAUGAGCCCACAGAAGGGAGCUUUGAGGGACACCAAGCUGCAGUGAAUGCGAUUCAGAUAUUUGGGAGCUUACUGUAUACUUGUUCAGCAGAUAAAACAGUCCGGGCUUAUAAUCUGGUGAAUCGAAAGUGCAUUGGUGUUUUUGAGGGCCACACCUCCAAAGUGAAUUGCCUGCUGGUUACUCAGACUUCGGAGAAGAAUGCUGUGCUUUACACUGGUUCCAGUGAUCAUACCAUUCGCUGCUAUAAUGUGAAGACUCGAGAGUGUGUUGAGCAGUUACAGCUUGAAGACCGGGUUCUCUGCCUCCACAGUAGAUGGCGAAUUCUCUAUGCAGGACUGGCAAAUGGUUUUGUGGUCACCUUCAGCAUAAAGAACAACAAAUGUCUUGAGAUCUUUGAAUGUCAUGGCCCUCGGGCCGUCAGCUGUCUAGCUACUGCUCAGGAAGGUGCCCGGAAGCUGCUGGUUGUGGGGUCUUAUGACUGUACCAUUAGUGUGCGUGAUGCCAGGAAUGGACUGCUCCUCAGAACCCUGGAAGGCCACAGCAAGACCAUUCUUUGCAUGAAGGUGGUGAAUGACCUGGUUUUUAGUGGCUCCAGUGAUCAGUCCGUCCAUGCCCACAACAUCCAUACUGGGGAGCUCAUGCGAAUCUACAAGGGACACAACCAUGCUGUGACUGUGGUGAACAUCCUGGGGAAGGUGAUGGUGACUGCGUGCCUGGAUAAGUUUGUUCGUGUCUAUGAAUUGCAGUCUCAUGAUCGAUUGCAAGUUUAUGGAGGACACAAAGACAUGAUUAUGUGUAUGACCAUCCAUAAAAGUAUGAUUUAUACUGGCUGUUAUGAUGGAAGUAUUCAGGCUGUCAGGCUAAAUCUGAUGCAAAAUUACCGCUGUUGGUGGCACGGAUGCUCUCUGAUAUUUGGUGUGGUAGAACAUUUAAAACAACAUUUGCUGACUGACCAUACGAAUCCAAACUUUCAAACGCUGAAAUGUCGCUGGAAGAACUGUGAUGCUUUCUUUACCGCCAGAAAAGGAUCCAAACAGGAUGCUGUGGGACACAUUGAACGGCAUGCGGAGGAUGACAGCAAAAUUGAUUCAUGAAGUUUUUUGCCUCCCUCAUUGGGAAGUCAAUAGUUGAACUUAUUUCAUGUUGGCUCUUCACCCUGGCCAUGUUCUCCUUUCUUCCUGGAAUAGAAAGGAUGGUGACAGCCGGGCUCACCACUAGCACAAGUCUGGUCUGUUCACUGGGAGAAUUAAAUUACUCCUUAAGUUCUUGCUGGAGGUUUAUCAGAUUUGAAGAAGCAAUGCUUUUCUGGAGCAGCAUGGCAUUGAGUAAUUUAUGCCAUUAGUGUGCACCAAACAUUUAUUGAAGAUGCAGAUUGAAAUUGGUUACCCAGUUGGACACUAAUCAAAUGUAAAUUUAAAAACA